ACACAGACACACACGCGGACACACAGACACACACGCACACGCCCGGCAGCGCCCGGCGCCCGCCGCUUUCCCCGCGCAGAUCCCAUUCGGCGCGGCGCUCCGCCCACGGCAGGAUCCCCCGCUCCUGCCCGCCGUUUAACUCGCAUGACAUUUUUAUUUCGUUAUUAGCGUUUUCGCGCAGAAUCUGGCGCCUCCGAUGGGCUGUCGGGCUGCCUUUUUUUUUUUUUCCUUCCCCGUUCCCUUCCCCUCCUCCCCCUCCCCCCUCCCCUCCUAGCUUGCAGGAAAUGAUGGCAAACCGCGAUCUGAAAUGAUUACUCCGGAAAAAAAAGCUUUUAUACCAGGAGAGCAUCCACGGGGCUAGGCAGAGGCGAGAGGCGGCCGCGGGGCAGCGGGGAGCCGAGCAGCCAGCCGCCGGCGGAGCCGGGACCCCCUCCCGUACUUCUCUCCGACGAUGCCGGACGAAGCCACGGAAAACGCCGGCUCCACCUCCGCCCGCGUCUCGUCCUUCUUCAUCGAGGACCUGCUGGGCACCGAGGGCACGGCGGGCAGCGGGGCGCGGCGGGCGGCGGCGGCGGCGGGCGGCGGGCGCGGGGGGCCGCGCUGCGGGCCGCCCUCCCCGCUGCGCAUCGGCGCCCCGGGCUGCCCGCUCCGCGACGCCGCCGUGGGCUGGUACCGCCGGGCGCACGCCGCCUUCCUGGGCUGCGCCAGCCCCGACACCAGCGACCGGGACUCGCCGGAGCUGCCCGAGGAGCCGGCGGAGCGGGCGGGCGGCGGCGGGCGGGCGGCGGGCAGAGCCGCGGCGGGCGGGCGGCCCGGCCCGGGCGGCCGCGAGGAGGAGGAGGAGCGCGGCGAGGAGCCGGGAGAGCCGGAGCAGCGCAACGCCGGCCGCAAGAAGAAGACGCGCACGGUGUUCAGCCGCAGCCAGGUGUUCCAGCUGGAGUCCACCUUCGAUGUGAAGCGCUACCUGAGCAGCUCCGAGCGGGCCGGGCUGGCCGCCUCGCUGCACCUCACCGAGACCCAGGUGAAGAUCUGGUUCCAGAACCGCCGCAACAAGUGGAAGCGGCAGCUGGCCGCAGACCUGGAAGCGGCCAACCUCUCCCACGCCGCCCAAAGGAUAGUGCGGGUCCCCAUUUUGUACCACGAGAACUCGCCGGCGAGCGCCUUGGGCUUCACCCUGCCGCACAUGUCGCCCCCCUUGGUGGGCUUCUCCAGCGGCGUCAGCUACCCCCUGGGCACCUUCCCCGCCGCCUCCCUCCCUUUCCUACGGUCGCAGAUGACAGGACUCGUCUGAGCGCCCACCUCUGCCGGGACAGCGGCCCCCGAGCCCCCUCCCUCGGCUUCCAGCUCCACCCCCCUUCCUCCACGGACUUUUUAUUUUCAACUUACACGUUUCUUGAUUUUCUGCUUUUUUGAUUUUUUUUUAAACGUGCAAUAAACUUACUCUUGGGGUUAACUCGGAGCGUCCGAGUUACGGAGGGAGCCGAAGGGACUUGCAAGACCCCAGCCAUGCACAGGGAUCAGGUCGGCGGGGCUCUCACCGCCGCGCAUCCAAAGAAAAUCCAGCCCCGCGGCAGCGGCAAAACCCUCACGGCCGGCUCGGCCCGGGGCUGACGCAGAGCGGAGUUUUCCGGGGGGAAGCAGACUCCCCCGAGCCUUCCUCCUGCACCCCGCGGAGCUGCCGAGCGUGACACGAAUGUACGGAACAGCUCGGCCGAGCCCCGGGGCCCCGCCGCGGCCGAGAGACUUCCCCGGCACCUCGGGGCCCGGGCCAGCGCUCCUGCCGGGGAAACCUUUCAGCCUCCCCGCUGCCCCAGCAGCUUUCCGUGCAGAGCGAGGGACCCUGCUGAUCGCAGCGGCUUCUCCAGGGCCCUUUGUUUCAGCCACUUAAUCCGUACAUAUCCCCCUCCCGUUACUCUCAUUUCCAUACUGCCGACACCCAAGCAUGUGCUGGUGCCCCCGGUCCUUCUCGAUGCAGAAGUUUUGAUUUGAAACAACUUAAAGGCAAAGUGUUGGAAAGAAAUCGCCCUGCUGAAAUCCGAGCUGUGAGGAUUUGGUUUCUUUGUUUUCGUUUUAUUUCCCUGGCAAAUUACCGGCCAAAAUACACUGGUUUAUGUACACACAUAUAUAUGUAAUUCUACAUGCUGUAUUUUACAAGUGGUUUUGCCGGUUUUUUUUAGUCUCCUGGAGAGGUUGAGGAAAGCUCACCUCGACUUGUCCGUCUCUUACGGGAUCGGUUUGUGUAAUCGAUUAAUAAUUCACUGGCAAUUAAAAAGAAAGGAGAGAAAAAGAAUCAGAUGGGAACAGACUGGGGAGCUGUAUAUCUGAUUAUGCCAGCGAACCUGUAACGUGAUAUUAUAUGAAGUAUUAUGCAUGCCAAGUUAUUGUUUUUCUUUAAUAACUGUUUUGUUUCCCCCCUCCUACCCACUCCUGAAAUGAAUUGCAGGACUAUCAUUAUUUCUAAAAGUUUGAAUUUCUUUUUUCAAAUAUUGAGGGGGAAAUGACCUUAUAAAACUCGGCCUUGGUGGAAAGUCAAGCUUUGAUCGUACGUUCCAGGGCAUAAUCAGCUGCAAUUGAACCAACCAGCUCGGAGCACUCGGUGUCCCUGCAGGCAAGGCCAGGUCCUGGAUCUGCUGGGGAAUGUGCAUGCGGACCUGUCUCCUGUGAGGAAGGGCGAUUUAAUUCUUACUCUUUCCUACGCUUUUCAUUAUAAUUGGAGCAAUCUUUUUCUGGUUAUGAAAUCGAUCAACAAGAUGUGGUGGAGCUUCAGCUUUGAUACAAUACCCUAGAAGAAGGGUCAGGGGUGGAUUAUAACCUCGACACAAUUUUGGACUUUCCCCAGCCUUUUUUUUAUUUUCUUCUUUUCUUUUUUUUUUUUUUUUUUUUUUUAUUAUUUUAUUUUUUUUUUUUUUUUUUUUUUUUUUUUUUCCCCUCUGCUUUGACCUGAAAUAUGGCUCUGAGCACUAGCCUGCACAGUUGAAGUCAGGAUGUUGCAAGCCUCAAAACCAGUCGAGAAUUGCAUAUAUAUGUAUCCAUAUAAAUAUAUUUAUGGGCUCCUGAGAAAAGUACUAAAUUGCUGGGAUACUGGUUUCGAAGUAAGCCCUGUUUCUGGAAGCUGUUUUCUUUUGAAAUUUUUCUUUUUGUUCUGUUUUGUUUUCUUUUUUUCUUUUUUUUUUUUUUUCCUUUUUUUUUUUUUUUUUUUUUUUUUUUUUCCAACUGAUGCUGAUCUCACCCAGAAAUCUCCGGACAUAUUCGCCAGCCGUUUUCUUGGCAUAUCCGUCAAACAGCCGAAUUUGAGAUGAACAUUUCUAAAGCCUGGUCCCCGAGCGGUGUAAGAAGGACCGGGCAGAGGCGAAGUUGGGGACGUCACUGCCCCGGCCGCGGGAAAAGCGGCCGGGCUGGACUUCAGCUUUUCAUGCCAGAGGAGGUGACUUGGGGCGAUGUUUCUUCCUCAGGGUGCAAGCACUUGAUUUUGAUGCCGUUCAAAGCCUGGCUGCCCCUGGAAGAGAGCGGCUAAAAUAUUUUCCCAUCAUAUCCAGCUCCCCAGAUCUCCCAGUGUUACCUACUGGAGUAAAAUCCUGACUCACUACAGUCAUAUCAGAGUAGAUUGUAAUCCAACGAGAAAUUUAACAUGCCUGCCACUCUCCACAUGCCUUUUCUUUGGAGUAACAUAUGAGAUUAUUAUACUUCUGAUUCUACUAAAUAUUCUUUCCUUGAAGUUAAGGAACUGGCAGGGCUAAACGAUCAAUCGGAUUUUUAAAAUGUGUUUUGACAUUAGUAUGUUUGUUUUUUAAAGAUGUGCUGAUUAUAUCAAUAAACAGAUUUUUUUCAUACACUGUAUUUGUAACUUAUGAUCAUGGUAAAAUAUUAAAAGGUGCAAGACGUGAAGUCAUCUAAGAAAAAGUGCUUACUUAUGCCUUAUUCUGUACGUGCAGAAAAUGAUUUAUAGUGGCUUAUUAAAAGUAUGUGCUGAAAGUAGGAACAUCUACACCUCAGGUUUCUUUACCUCGUAGCUUUUGUAAUUUUACUUUUCCCUGUAUCUGAUGGCAAGAAAUUUCUGCUGGGUGCAGAGAAACACCUCGCACCAGAUGCAGCCCCUGAGGUAUGUGCAUUGACUAUUUCAAAAUAGGUAAAACCCCCACACCCGAACACCCAAGCC